CAGAGGGGAGGACGGGGGCGGCGUCGGACUGGAGCGCAGCGGCGGCGCUUGCUGCCCGGGGCGCUGUCGUGAGCUCGCGCGCCGGGCCCCCAGCCCCGAGCUACACCCUGCCGUGCCCAGCUCUGCCCGCGUCCGUGCCCCCGCGGGGAGCGCGCCGGGGCUGCCCCCCGAAUGACGGGCGGAAGGUUCGACUUCGACGAUGGCGGCACCUACUGCGGCGGCUGGGAGGAGGGCAAGGCGCACGGGCAUGGCAUCUGCACGGGGCCCAAGGGCCAGGGCGAGUACUCGGGCUCCUGGUCGCACGGCUUCGAGGUGGCCGGAGGCUACACCUGGCCCAGCGGCAACACCUACCAGGGCUACUGGGCGCAGGGCAAGCGGCACGGGCUGGGGGUGGAGACGAAGGGCAAGUGGAUGUACCGGGGGGAGUGGUCGCACGGUUUCAAGGGGCGCUACGGGGUCCGGCAGAGCCUGUGCACCCCCGCUCGCUACGAGGGUACCUGGAGUAACGGGCUGCAGGACGGGUACGGCGUGGAGACCUACGGGGACGGAGGUACCUACCAGGGCCAGUGGGCCGGCGGCAUGCGGCACGGCUACGGCGUGCGCCAGAGCGUGCCCUACGGCAUGGCCACGGUGAUCCGCUCGCCGCUGCGCACCUCCAUGGCCUCGCUGCGCAGCGAGCAGAGCAACGGCAGCGUGUUGCACGACGCGGCGGCCGCCUCCGACAGCCCCGCCGGCACCCGCGGCGGCUUCGUGCUCAACUUCCACGCCGACGCCGAGCUCGCGGGCAAGAAGAAGGGCGGCCUCUUUCGAAGGGGCUCCCUCCUGGGGAGCAUGAAGCUCCGCAAGUCCGAAUCCAAGUCCUCCAUCUCCAGCAAGCGCAGCUCGGUCCGCAGCGACGCGGCCAUGAGCAGAAUCAGUUCCAGCGACGCCAACUCCACCAUCAGCUUCGGCGACGUCGACUGCGAUUUCUGCCCCGUGGAGGACCACGUGGACGCCACCACCACGGAGACCUACAUGGGCGAGUGGAAGAGCGACAAGCGCAGCGGCUUCGGCAUCAGCGAGCGCUCCAACGGCAUGAAGUACGAAGGCGAGUGGGCGAAUAACAAGAGGCACGGGUACGGCUGCACCGUGUUUCCUGACGGCUCCAAGGAAGAGGGGAAAUACAAAAAUAAUAUUCUGGUCCGGGGAAUAAGGAAGCAGCUUAUACCAAUACGAAAUACAAAAACUAGGGAGAAGGUGGACCGAGCGAUCGAAGGCGCGCAAAGGGCAGCUGCCAUGGCCAGAACCAAAGUGGAAAUUGCAAAUUCGAGGUAUGUCACUUGCAGGCUGGGUGGUCGCGGCUGGUCCUUCAGAAGAGUGGGCUGCCCCAUACUAGGUUUGUCUUUGUGUCGGCGACCUCACCAGGUAGCCUCUACAACUGCCAGAACCACAGCUAGAAGCUGGUUAAGUCCAGCGGAAUGAGUCCGAAACCUACCUGCACUGUCCUGAAA